UUCUAUAAAAAAAAUCAAAAUAACCCUUUGUCCCUAGGAAUUUUGUAUCUUGUUCUGUAUCUUGAAAUACUGAAGACGGCCUUCCAGUUUGUAACUGUUGAAGAAAUUGAUUUUGGUGGGAGAAAGAUCAAAGAUGAAGCAAGUACCGGCAGAAUACUUGGCCGAUUUGGAGGACCAUGGUUCUACAAUGGCCAUGGAUGUUGACGAUGUUGAUCCUAUGGAUGUUUUUGGUGAAAAUUUACUCACUCCUGACAACAGGCUUGCUGAUGCCGAUUUCUUCAAUUCCUUUUCCGAUGAUUUUGACGACUCCGAUAUCAAUUAAUUUCACUCUCUGCUUGUUCUAGGGUUUGUUCGUUUGUAUCAACUCUUUUCUUUUUUUCUAGUUUCGAUUACUAUGGCCAAAACCUAUUUUUAUUUUCGUUGUUCCUUGCGCAUUUGUUUGUCAAUUUUUUGUGAACAUGUCGACAGUUAUGUUGCGCAGAUGCAAUUUCAAGGCUAAUUGUGUGGCUUAAGCGUAAAGUCUUUUUAAAGA